CAACCACACUAGCUUUCACAAGCCCCCCACAGCAAAACCAAUCUCCAUAAUUAUACAUCAUCAUCAUCUAAACUGCUCGAGAGGUUAAUCAGCGAUGGCUCAGAGCAGAAACACCGUGGUCGCGCUGUGCCUCGUCGCCCUGGUGUUUGCGGCGGCGUCGUUGCCGGCUGCAACCGCCUUCGGCUGCUACGACGACUGCUACGAGCGCUGCGCCAACGGCAAGCAGGACCCCGCCUGCGUGAAGAUGUGCAACGAGGCAUGCGGCGCCGACGCGGCAGCCAAGGCCGCUGCGGGUGCCAGCGCCGCCGGCUCGACGCCUGGCAAGGCCGAUGCCGCCAAGGCGCCCGCUGCCGGCGCCUCUGCAUGAGCGACUCCCUGGAUAUCGAUCUAGGAACUCACACCGGCCGGCACCGCCUGGCUGGUUAACUUAGAUGCACGCGCCCGCAUGCUCGAUCACCGGACAUGACAUCCACGCAGGUGGCGGUGUCCUAUUGAUUUCAUUCUUAUGCAUGCAUGCUUUAAUUCUUUUCGCUCAGUUAACUCGUGUUCCGUCAGUGACCAAUGAUUUUCCAUUGUUCUACGUCUGCCUUGUUCCCUGAAACUGGUUUGGUUUCUACUCCAUCCCAUCCAAAUUACUUAUCACAAA